CUUCUCUUUCUCUCUCUCUUUCUUUUUCUCGAAAAAUUAAAAGAAAAUAAAAAUCUCGCCGGUCCCCUUCCCUUCUCGUCCUGCGCCGCCGCCUCCGUGAGCUCUGGUCGUCCUCGCUCCCCCCGCGCCGCCGCCUCUGCCUUCUUCCCCCCACUCCCUCAGGGGGAUUGGGAGAGAGGAGGAGCUAAUCAAGCAGCAGCAGGAGGAGGAUGGUUUCUCUGUCGACGUGGUUCCGCUACGCCGCCCACAAAUUCGAGUACUCCAUCUCCCUCUCAUGGAAGAAGUAUAACGUUGGCCAGAUCAACAGCACCCAGCUAACUGACGCAAUCUGGAAGAACUUUUUCCAAGGCAAGCUCACCUACACGCAUUGGAAUAAAGGGGAAGAAGCCAUGGCCCCCAUAGUAUCUACAACCGGAGGAACCCUCCUCGUUAGAAAGCUCGCCAAUUUGUCUCCAACACAAGUCUUUGUUGGGGAUGUUGUCUUACUGAAAGACCCAGAGAAAUCUGAUGAUAUAAUCGUUCGACGAUUGGCUGCCCUAGAAGGCUAUGAGAUGGUUUCUAAUGAUGAGAAGGACGAGCCUUUUGUACUUGAUAAGGAUCAAUGUUGGGUUCUGGCAGAUAACCAAUCAUUAAAGCCAAAGGAAGCUAGGGAUAGCCGCUUGUUUGGACCAGUUCCUAUGACUGAUAUCCUGGGCAGAGUGAUAUACUCUUUAAGAACAGCUGUCGACCAUGGCCCAGUAGAGAACAGCCAAGUGGCCAUGAACCAGGAUUCACCAGUUCUUGCAGUAGAGCUUGAUGUGGAAGAGAUGGCGAAAAAUAAUAAAGUGUAGAUAAUUAGUGCUUUUGACAUCCUGUGGUGUAACAAUUCCCGUCGAUGGAUUUUGUUAUUGAGAGAUUAGUUGCUUCAAGUAGAACAUCAUUCUGAACUUGUUCACUAUUUACUCGUGGAGAAGUCAAUAAUCAUAAGAAUAACCAUACGGGUUGUUAAAUUUUGAUCUUUCAAGUUUGUGUUGUUACCCAACUGGUGCCAUCGUCGUGUUCAUCUGGCUAAUUUAUGGCUAGAUGUUUUGCUCCUUGCAUCUAUUUAGCAAGGGCAAACUCGAAAUGAUAUAUUGUGCCAUUU